AUAAAUAUCUUUGGUCUUAACAUUGAUGAUGAAGCUGCAAGUUUUUAUGGAAGUAUGGCUCCAAGUGUCUACGAAAAUGAAGCUCUAAGUCUCUAUGGAAGUGAAGCUCCAAAUGUCUACGAAAGUGAAACUCUAAGUGUCUAUGGAAGUGAAGCUCCAAAUGUCUACGAAAGUGAAACUCUAAGUGUCUAUGGAAGUGAAGCUUCAAGUAUCUAUGAAAGUGAUAAUGAAUCUAUUAUGGGAGACCCGUAUUCAUCAAGUGACAAUAUAAAUGAGGACGAUUCUACUGUCACUUUAUUUAAGAACCAAUAUACAAGGGAUUUCGCAUAUGGUUCCCAGGAAGGAAGCAGUAAUAUAAAUAAUGAUCCCGAAGAUGACAGUCCAUGUGAAAUAAUGAAUAUUACUGCAGGUGAGGCAAUUUCUGAGGAAUCAACAGAUGACGAUGAUUCUUCCCAUUCAAAAAAUGAAGAACACUUAACCGAACAUAUGAUAAGUGAUCUAGUUAACAGUUUAAAUGAAACUGUUCACAUAUCAGAAAUGAUACAAAUAUUUAAUCUUAUGAUGACCCUUGAGAGAAAAAAAAUAUGA